GGACUGCGUGUACUGCAGACGGGCUUCCCAGGAGCGCUCGGCCCCAGGAGUCACCCAGAGCGUAGCAUUCAGGAAAUCCCCACCCUCUCUGGGGCUGUGGGCGGGCUUAGGCAACACUUUCAGUUUUGUUUCCUUCUCGGCUAGAAAGGAAACUCACCAGGAAGCCUCUGGGAGUGAAACAUGGAGGAAGAUUUCCAGACGUGCGGGAACUGCAAGAAAAGCGUGCCCUCUUCCCACUUCAUCCUCCACGAGGCCCACUGCCUCCGGUUCCUGGUCCCCAGGCAGAAGAAGCCUGUUCCAGGGGUGAAGAUGCAGGAGCACUGUGAGCCGAGGCACCUGCAGACUGAGGAAUGCCUGGAGCGCCUUGUUGAGUGCCAGUUCUGUGAGCUGACCAUGCAUCUCAGCAAGCUGGAAACCCACGAGUCCCACUGUGGCAACCAAACCAAGCGCUGCCCACACUGUGACGAGCUUAUCUUGUUCUGGCUGCUGGAUGAGCACAAAAAUGUUUGUCAACAUAAACAGGCUCCUCCCAUGGAAGGAAAAAGAACAUCAGAUCCUGAAAGCAAAAUCUACUGUAAUUAUUGCAACAAAAUAAUUACAGGAAGUAAGCAUAGCCACUAUAUGGAUGACUGUUCUGCAGCCUCCGAGCCUCUAAGAAAACUGCUUAGAUCCUUUCCAAGUCGUACUGGUGGAAACCAAACUCCCACAGCAGAGAGAGAUGUCCGUCCAAAGACAAAAAGUAUAAAUGGAUUUCCUUUCCUUUCUGAAAAUUCAACAAAGCAAACACCAAGCGACACAGACGGAACCCUGGAUCUGCCUUCAAAAUCUGAGCUCAACCCAUGGGUGGCCUCUCCUGUGGAGAAUGAGGCCACCUAUGACAUGCUGAGUACAUGUUCUCAGUGUGGUAUCCUGCUUCCCCUGCCCACCCUGAACCAACAUCAGGUAAAAUGCAGACAAUUUGCUGCCUCAAAAGGAAAGCAAGUGAGAAAAUCCAGCUAGAUUUGGAAAGAAGAGGCACUAUGAAUUUAGAAGAUUUCCUGUUUGCACCAGCUUUCCUGCUUUCUUUCCGUGGUGGUCGCUACUUGUGGAAAGAGAUGGGUCUUAUUCCUUCCCAUUUAGAAGAAAAAGUUUGCACUUUAUGUUCCUUCUUUUGAAUAAAGACGUUGGUUUCCCCACAGGCUUUAGGGGAGAAGAUUCCAUUUUUCCGGCUGGGCAUUCUGAUUAAAUGUCCACGAUCAGUAGCUGGAGUGCCUAAGAGACCCCAUCUUUGUCCCUGAAGAAUAAAAACACCUUCCUUAAAAGCUUCUUGCUCAAUUUCUUGGGUUCCUCACUGGUUUUCCAGGGGUAAGGUUGGCAGAAGGUAGGAUAGCAGGAAGAGAGAAACGCGAGGAGGAGAAAGGACGGGUUGAUGAUGCCCACAAGGGCAGCUGAGGUGGCUUCGGGAGGGAAGGGGCUGAAGAUACUGCCUACCUGUAGUUUGACUGAGUUCUUACCUUUCUGCCUAGGCCGUGGGGAGACCUCUUAGGGCCCCAGCUUCUGCCAAGACUCCGCCCUCCCUAAAGGGAAAGGGAAAGCUUUCCUCCCCUCAGGUUUGCUUAAGGCUUUGCUCUGGUACUUUGUCUAGGGAGAAAAGCAGAGGUUCGGGACAGAGCGCGGGGGCAGCGACUUCCUGCAGGGAGAUGCACACGCUGGGCCUCUGAGGAGGCUCCUCUGGACCCAGGAGCCGGAUCAGAACUCGGAACUUCUUUUUGCUCGCGGAGGGAAGAGGGCGCGGCGCCUUCCGGGACACUCUCCCCAGGCCCAUGGCUGCUCUCUAGUUGGGUUCCUGGGACUGUGAGGCUGAGCAGAGCCGGGGGACAGCGAGGCGUCACAAAGACGGUGCAGUGCUAAGCAUUUAGCUGAGAGGCUGCGUGAGGGCAUGGCGUCCCGGCAGCU